AUGGCAACUCCGACACAUUUGACAUGUCUCUGCGCGCUCAUCUACGAGCCCGCUUCUUUGCUUUCGUCCUCGGCUCUUCCUUUCAAAUGUUGCAUCUGCCAUUGCAAUACCUGUCGCCGGACGACUGGAGCCCUGGGGACCUGGUAUGCGAUUCUCAAGGGCCGCCCGAGCGAUAAGUCCAUGAGCAACACAACCGCCUAUAAGACGUCGGAGAAAUACACGCGGUUCUUUUGUAAGCAGUGCGGGUGCAACGUGUUUGUGCGAUCUGAGAGAGAUGGGCGGUGGUUGGCCUGCGCUGGAAUCGUCGAGAUCGAUGAUAAGCAGACUGAGAACGGAACCAGAGAUGAAAAGAACCUCAAUGUCGCACAAGUCGAGUUUCACGAAUACGUCGGCGAUGCACGCGAUGGCGGGUUUGCACCGUAUCUCACCCGCCUGGGUGGGAAGAAUGUCCCUUGCUUUGCUAGUGAACCAGAUGACGGCGCGGGGCAGAUGAGUGAGGCUGAACUCCUGGAACUGAAGGACCAAGGACGCGAUACAGUAUCGGACGAGCGAGGCGAGAUGAUGGAUGUCGCAUGUCAUUGCGGCGGCGUCCAGCUGCACAUUGCACCCCCUGCCCACAACGAGAAGAGCGAAGGGUGGUACGUCCCCCAAGACCGAAGCAAGUACUCUGCCCGACUCUGCUGCUGCAGGUCGUGCCGUUUGACGCUCGGCUUCUCGCUGCAGCCAUGGACGUAUAUUCCCCCGGCUCAUAUCUUCACCAAGCAGGGGGAGUUGGUGCUUUUCGGGCCAAGGGCCAAGGAUACAGUGCAAAUUGUAAAACUCAAGCACUAUCAGAGCUCGGAUUCUGUACUGCGAAGUUUUUGCUCGACUUGUGGCGCGACAGUGUUUUUCCAAAGCUUCGAGAGGCCCGAUGUCAUCGAUCUCAGUGUGGGAGUGGUGAGAUCCAGGGCCGACAAUGCGCGUGUUGAAGAAUGGCUACAGUGGGAUCGCAAUGAGGUGAGCAUGAGGCAUGAGGCCGUAGAUUGUGAGUUGGUCGAGGCAUGGCUGGGAGGCUGA